UAUUCUGGGUAAUUAAUACUAUUUACAAUUAUAGCUUCUUAGCUUUUGUUAAUAAAGAUCUAAAUCCUGCGAUAAUAUUUCUUUUACAAGAGCUUCAAAGUUACCAUACGGUCUAUUUUUCUUUAUUCCGAGGGCCUACCACAAAACGCAAAAAUCGAAAUUCUGUUAUUUGCUUCUCUAUCACUCUUGCCCAUUUGAGGGAUAGAGAAGCAAAAUUUAGACUAUCAAGUUCCGCGGUAGGUCCACAGGACCAAAGGUGAAACCCACGCACCAUGUAAAUCCGGUACAUUACCGUACCGGUACAAAUGUUCUACUCGUGAGCAUUGUUGCCGCUAUAGUACUUAUAUCUUAUUUUAUUUGCAUUGUAUAAAAUAAACUCAGAUUCGAUAUUUAUUAUUAAUAUAUACGCUGUAUAUUAAAACGUCACACAAAACUUCAAAACCGCAACUAGUGGCAACAUUGACAACAAUGUCAAAUCCUGUCUUUUAUCUCUCUCUACGUCGAGAAGAACGCCAUCAACGCCAAGUGUGGCUAUAUUUUUCAUCAAGGCACAAGGCGGGCGGAUUCGUUCAACUUCUCCGAAAACUUUCAAAUUAAAUUACUGUUAUUGAAUAUAUACGCCUUAUAUAUUUAGUAACUAUAUUAUAGCCUUGGAAAGGAAACUUUUUAAUGAUAUGUUAUUAAUCAGGCGUUCGGGUUAUUUCAGUGAUUCUGAUAUCGAACUGGACUGAAACAAAAAUUGUGGAUUCUAAUUUUAUUCCAGGAAGAUGAGUAGCUCUGAGGACCACUCAUGGAUUGCAUGGUUUUGCAGUUUGCGAGGGAACGAGUUCUUUUGCGAGGUGGAAGAGGAGUACAUCAAAGACAAGUUCAACCUGAUGGGGCUCAACGAGCUGGUGCCGCAGUACAGGCUAGCGUUGGAGAUGAUACUGAACCAUGAGCUUGAAAAUGACCUGGGCGCAAAUGCGAACCAGUUGGCGUUUGUGGAGAAAGCUUCAGAGGUACUCUACGGGCUCAUACACGCGCGAUACAUAUUAACUAGCAGGGGCAUAGCGCAAAUGUUAGAAAAAUACGAAACCUUUGACUUUGGCUGCUGCCCGCGAGUCUUUUGCGAGAACCAAGCCACGUUGCCGCUUGGUUUAUCAGACGUCCGCGGCGAGGCCACGGUUAAGGUGUACUGCCCCAGAUGCAUGGACGUGUUUGCGCCAAGAUCGUCGCGGCAACAGUUCACGGACGGCGCGUACUUCGGUACCGGGUUCCCGCACAUGGUGUUCAUGAUGCACCCCGAGCUCCGGCCCAAGCGGUCCCCCGGCAAGUUUGUGCCGCGCUUAUACGGCUUCAAGCUCCACCCGCUAGCAUACCAGCUCCAACUGCAAUCGGCGACCAAGAUUGCGGGAGAAUGGAGGGACAUCAAACUGGCGUCGCUCGUGUUCCCAUCUGUCCGGCAGAGUUGGCCUCGGCCGUAGCCGGUCGCCCGCCGUCGUCGGUCGAUACUACUUCCCAAGGCGGUCGAGGCAGGCCGUACAAUCUGUCGAAGAAAAAAAUACGCCUCGCGCUGGCCGUCGUCGCUGCAACUCUGGCCGAAGUAGGACGACGAGUGAACCUCUAUAUCUGAUUUAAUCUGAUUUUCAAUAAAUUAUUCAUAUGCAUAGAAGGGGUAGAUUUGACGAAUGCACCAUACAGAACAAGGCUUAGCUCGCUUUUGUUUGUUUCGAGGAACGAGCAAGGCACGUCUUGGCAGAUCGUGCGGCAAUAGGGUAGAUGAAAUGUUUUUAUUACUGGUAUCAGUCGAUCAAGUUUCAUUUGAGGUCAAUUUAACUAGAAUUUUGUUACAAUUUGUUUUGUUAUCAUCAUCAUCGUCCCUAUUUCUGCUACCACCGUAUUCGCGCUAAGAACGCGCGCUGCACAUACUACGGAAUGUUCGCGAUCGUUUCAGAAAUGGCUCGCGAAAGGUGAUGCGGUGCAUUCGCUGGAUCUAGUUGCACUUUAUUACUAACUACUGAAAACCUCAAAUGGCGACUGAUUUAUUUUAAAUGUUUUACAACUUAUGAACAUAUUUUGCCUUAUAACUGCAUCAUUAAAAUAAUAGUAACACUUAAACAAAGACAUUCGAGUUAGUUUUGGAACAUUGCUCCCAACUAUUUUGAACUAUAAUUGGAAGGUAUAUUGGUAGGUGGUAUUCUAAAUUCGUCAGACUCAGGGCAGUUUUUGAAUUUGGAACCAAGUUUCUUUAAUAUCUAUAAGAAUUCUAAACUCGAAUUGAAUUUGUACAAGUUAGCGCGGCUUUACGGGGUUAAAUCUGUUAAUAGUUGAAUAAUAACCCUAUUCGAAUAUUGAUUGGUGAGCAUACUUUAUCUUGAUCGACAGUUCGCGUGCGGCCACCGACAGGGCCGUAGGAUGGUUCACAAAACGGACUUAUAGCUCUAGUAGGUAAAAGUUUUGUGGUUUUCGAGAUAAUCGACCUUUUCUUUAAUAGCCAGCAUCGUACUAAGAGUUACAUUAAUUAAAAUAUAUACCGGAUAUUCAGUAUAAUAUACUCUUUAUGAAAUUGUAUACCAAAUAAAACAUAAAAAAAAACUUAAAAUAUACUGUCGAAUUUGGUCAAAAUGUUUUCAGUAGUUAGUGUUGGUCGCUAUAGGUACUCAAAAUUUAAAAUGUUCUCAUUUUACUAUACCGCGUUCCUUUUUUGAAAUGGCGAUGUAUGUCAUGGGUCAGACAUCUGUACCCCUAGUGUAAAUAUUUUCGACAGCGAAACGUGACGUACGCGUUUGCGUUAAGUGUCAUUUUGUAUGAGAUUUUUGACUUUCCAAAACGUCCCGCUUGGCGCGCUGUUCAAAAACCCAUGCAAAAUGAGACUUAACGCAAACGCGUACGUCACGUUUCGCUAUCGACUAAAUUUACACUAGGGGUACAGUUAUUUUAUAGUAAUUUUCUACGAUUUAUUAAUAUCCUUUGCUGAUUAAAUAAUUAAAAAAUACAUUAUGGGUAAAUACCGUGGCUGUGAUUAUGCUUACCCUGUAUAAUAUUGUAAUUUGCUUCGUGAAAAUGUACCUAGAUUAUUUUAUAUAACAUAGAAUGCCUAGCUCUAAACACUCAUUGUUUGGUGUUUUCAUAGUAACUAAAUAGUGAAGUAAUUAAUUGUAGAAUAUUUAUUAUAUUUGAAGACCCAUAUUUUUGUGAAAAAUACAUAAGUUCGCUACACACCUACAGUCGAGUUCACUGUAAUGUUUACUAUAACGGGUUCCUUUUUUGAAAUGGCAAUGUAUCUCAUGGGUCAGACAUCAGUUAUUUUAUAGUAAUUUUCUACGAUUUAUUAAUGUCCUUUGCUGAUUAAAUAAUUAAAAAAUACAUUAUGGGUAAAUACCGUGGCUGUGAUUAUGCUUACUCAGUAUAAUAUUGUAAUUUGAUUCGUGAAAAUGUACCUAGCUAGAUUAUUAUAUAUAGCUCUAAACACUCAUUGUUUGGUGUUUUCAUAGUAACUAAAUAGUGAAGUAAUUAAUUGUAGAAUAUUUAUUACAUUUGUAGUCCCAUGUUUUUGUGAAAAAUACAUAAGUUCGCUACACACCUACAGUCGAGUUCAUAAAUAUGUAUAUUUUUUUCACCUCAAUUCAUUGCAAUAAUAUGAAAAAAUUUAUGAACUCUACUGUACAACCCUUUACGUGACUUAGCGUGACAGCGCUUUCACGUAUAACUGUCCUCGGAAGGCCCCCCAUAAAAAAAUUGCAAUUUUUAAUUUCAACCUUGUCUUAUAGUAAAUUGGGAAUAAUUUAGUGUGUUUGAAAAAGAAAUGCUAAUUAAUUUGGUUCGUGUAAGGCUCUAAUUAGAUUGCAAUGGAUAUGUACAGUGUAGUGUACAAUGGGCCUUCCAAGGCUACAGCGGAGCGGCGUGGGAUUGCGCCUCCAAUGUGAAGACCGCCUAGAAGUCAACAAUUUGUUUUGUUGUAAGUACUAUCCCCGAUAUUCAUAAACGUGGACUAAAGUUACGAUGCCGCUGAUCAUCGUUUGUCCCUUUCCAUCAUACCAAUACGUCGGAAAGGGACAAACGAUGAUCAGCGGCAUCGUAACUUUAGUACACGUUUAUGAAUAAGGGGGUAAAUGUUUCGUGAAGCACAAAAAUCAGCAAAAUAUUUUCCUCGACUCGUCUUGCUCUGGAUCCAGGAACAUUUUAUUUCCCAUACAAUACAGAUGUAUUAACCGUAAUAUAGUAUUAUUGUAUUAACCGUAGAGGAAAGGGGACAGCUACUUCUCCAUACAAACGUAGUCCUCAUUUUCUUCUCUGGAUAUUGAUUUUUAAAUAAUUUGAUGUAUAUUAAACAAAGCCACAAAGUAGCUAGCGACGGCGCGCGCCGGAGCAGAGGGCCUACCGCGAACCACGUUCGACGUGUUGCCUCUCUGUCGCACUUGUAAAUUCGUACGUAAGUGUGACAGGGUGGCAACACGUCGAACGUAGUUCGCGGUAAGCCCUCAGGAGUCCGCUCAGUACAAAGUGCCAUUUUCGCCGCACGCACACAGACGUUACAUUUACAGGCGUUCUCGGGGACUCUCGGGCAGAGCUUAGUCGGGCUGUGUGCGCGUUGCUCACUUGACGUCCCCGCCGCUACGUAGGUGUAGGUACCUACUGUCAUGUACGUCAAAAUGCAGUCUAAGGAAUGUAAACAUGAUAAGAUGUAUGUAUAAACGAAUCGAUGUAUGUAUGUCUGUAAACUUAUAUUGCCUACUUCUUUUUAAAAUUCGAAAUUAAUACAGAAGCAACCCUAGUGAGUCGGGUAAGUUUAGGUAUAUAUUUUCAAGAUUGGCGGGAACGGACCUUCUGUUUGUUUUUUAUUUUGUGCCAAAGCUAUGCCUGACUUUUAUCCAUUUUUUUAUUAUUGUAGAAAUUAGGGACAAAAACUAAUUUAUUACAAUUUUUUUAGCGAGCCCUUACUCGAAAAAAUUCAAACGUAUGGACAUAGCUGUGGGUAAUAUACAACCGAUUGUGUCAAUAUAUUUUCAAUAAUGUUAAUAUCCAGAGGGGAAAAUGAGGACUACGUUUGUAUGAAAAGGCGAUUUGGCGCCGGUCCUCUACUUUCGACUUAAUAAUCUCAUUAGUUAGUGUUUUGCGUGUAACACUUUGGGCUUGUGCAUCAAUCACGCGAGGUCACUUUUUGACCCCACCUUCCCCUUCGUGAUCCUCCUAUUUGGUGACCCCCCCUCCCCCAUAUAACCUCACGUGUAUUUAUUAUUUAUUUUUUCGUUCGACCUAAUUUUAAGAUAAAUAGUAUUGUAUAGAGUAAAUCUUGUUUAGACUCGCUAUUUUGAAGUGCCAAGUGAAGAUUUAUGUUUAACAAAACCCAGAAAACGUAUAUGGUAGAUAUUUUUUCUUAGUGUUGUUCACCAUAGAAAAAUAUACGAAAAAUAUAAUAUAUAAAUACACGUGAGGUUUAAUUAUACCCCCCCCCCCCCCCACAUGAUCUCUCGUGGUCUUUUCGUGACCCCCCUCCCCCGCCUAUCGAACCUCGUGUGACUUGUGCACAAGCCCUUUCAUUGUUUACUAUGUAUAAUGAACAGUCGCCAUCAGAUAUAUCGAAGCGUUAGAGUCCGUGUUCAGAUAUUUUUGACCACCUCAGUCGCUCCGAUAUAUCGGAUGGCGACUGAACAUCACCGUACGUAAUAUUAAUAAAUCAAGUACAAGAUCUAUUUUUAUUUUCUUAAAAAUAUGAGAAUUGCACAAGUUCUAGUGAAUAAAAAAAUUGAAAUUAAUGGCCAAAACACUUAGUGAGAGGAAUAAUCAGGGUCAAAGAUAUUUAUCUAUCGUAUUAAUGAGUCAAAUGAGAAGUCUGCACCAGUUCUUUAUUUUUAUGCAACGUGAAAUGUAACAACAUUAUUUUUAUGCAAAGUGUAAUGUAACAACAAUAUUAUUAUGCAACGUGUAAUGUAACAACAUUAUUUUUAUGCAAAGUGUAAUGUAAUAACAAUAUUUUUAUGCAACGUGUAAUGUAGCAACAAUAUUUUUGUGCAACGUGUAAAUGUAGCAACAAUUUUUUUAGGAGGCCAUUUGUGUUACACGUUACACGUUGUAAUACAUUAGAUCUUUAAGGUCAAUACGGGUACAUGAUACACAUUGAUUGCGCGAGUUCGAGUUUAUACAUUUGCCACAAAACGCAACAAGCAACUGGGGCCCAUUUCUCGAACGGCAUUAGUCUAAUAUUAUUAGUCUAUCUAAUCGUAUGGGUAACCAUGGCAACACUAAUAUUAUUAGUCUAAUACCGUUCGAGAAAUGGGCCCCUGUAUAAACUCGCAAUAAACACCAAUCCAAUAGAAUCUGACCCCAAUUUGAAGGCUAACCACACUAAUCCCGUAGUCGCACUUAUCCGUAAAAAAACCCGUAUUUACCUUACCGAUAUUUUUCCAGCUAACUACUAACUCCAGAGUUAUUUUUGGUGGAUCUCAUGUAGCUCGUAGAUGAAACCUAAACAAAUACGGCCUGAAUCGGCCCCGAAUAGUUUGGUCCGGCAUUUUAUGAUAUCCACGUGAUACUCAUUAUGUCGUACAACGUAUUUAAAAUUGCAGUGAUCUCUAAAUUUUAGGAUAUAAUUAUAUACUUAAGUUAAGUAUAGUUAAGCACUUUAAUUAAUUAUAGAAAAAAAAAAUUAUGUAGUAGAUUAAUUUAUAGUAUACCUAUCUACAGGAAGACCUCGUUAAACCGGCUAUUCACGCAUUACCUUCUGUUAUAUUUUAAGCUAAAGAAAAACCCGCCGAGCGAGUGGCCACUCAGGCCUUACACUUAAGGCUUAUUUACACGGUGCGAGAAUUCGCAUGCGAGUUUCAUUACAUUGCGGUAUUUGAUCGGUCGCCGAAUUAGUUGUAACCUCAAUAGUCCGCAAUGUAACUAAAACCGCAUGCGAGUUCGCGAGCCGUCUAAAUCGGCCCUUAGUCGGAGAGGAAAUUUCAAAUUUCGUGAAUAUAAAAGUAGUUUUCUUUCGGAUUACAGCGAUCACCGGAUUAGCGAGGUUCUUUUAUACAGUCGCCAAGAGAUAUAUCGGAGCGGCCGAUGUGCUCGAAAAUAUUACAACACGCACUUUUCAGAUAUUUGUGAGCGCCUUGGCCGCUCCAAUAGCGACUGUCUGUAGUUACAUUAUGUUAACCGAAGCGCCUAUAAUAUAAAUUUAAUGAUUGUUUAAUUGUUUGUGUUAAAAAUAGUUGAGUUUAAUACAUUUUAAUUUGAAAAGCA